AUGUCAUCGCAGCCCCUCCUUCAAUCUGCGCCAGGCAAGCGCAUCGCUCUUCCCACCCGUGUCGAGCCCAAGGUCUUCUUCGCCAACGAACGAACCUUCCUCUCAUGGCUAAACUUCACCGUCAUCCUGGGCGGUCUUGCCAUUGGACUUCUCAAUUUCGGUGAUCGCAUCGGUCGCAUCUCCGCCGGCUUGUUCACCAUCAUCGCCAUGGCAGCGAUGAUCUAUGCGCUGUUCACCUUCCACUGGCGCGCUCAGAGUAUUCGGAAGCGUGGACAGAGUGGUUUCGACGACCGCUUUGGGCCGUCGUUGCUUGCCGUCGCUCUAUUGGCGGCUGUAAUUAUCAAUUUCGUAUUACGCAUUCGCGAUACUGGACGAGUGUAA